CACGUCAUCCUUACCAGUGUAAGGACACACAAAAACAAACUAAUUAACAUUCUUUCCCUUUUUCCUGCAACUCUGCCCUUUUAAAGUCAAAACUACACCGGGAUAGGAAGUAAAAAGAGAAAAGCAAUGCUUAGUAGAUGUAUGUAGAAAAUGCAGUGUGAGCUUUGUGUUGCUUUUCAAUGUUUUUUUUUUUUUUUGUCUGGCACAGUAAAUAUAAAACAGAUUGGACGGUAAACAGAGAGGCUGAUGUGUUUUGUGACAAUAGUUGGUAUUUUCAGGGCGUGGAUCAUCCACCACAUUGUCUGAGUAACSCUUUGUGUGURUUCAUUGACAGAUUGCUUCAAAAGAUGUAUAGUUUAUGUAAUUAUCUUUUAGUUUAUAAGGAAGCUUGUUGCCAUUAUCUUAGAAGGAAGUUGCUAAUAUAAACCUUACUGACCUAUAUAUAAAAAUAUAUAAUUUCUGCUUUAAAGGAGGUAGUUAUGUCUGAUUCUAGUAAGWGCCUUUCAGUAACAGACCACUUAAUGGUGCUUUAUUACUUUCACAGAGGCAAAUUCAGCUACAGCCAUAAAUGUUGAUGUKUUUCAUAGGAUCAACACAAAGUACCAGUAUGAAGUCUUUUUGCAGCCUUCAAGACGUUUUMUUCCAGGAAUUACUUCUAUCCAUUUUCCCAUCUACUAUAACGAUCUUCUGAGAUUUGAAGAGGAAUAUCUGUAAAGCAGCARACUGCAGGCUAGUAACGGCAGCAGAAAACCUAAACAAUUAACCAACUYGUGUCAGUUUGAUGUUUUUGUGCAAAAUGGCAUCCGGUGGAAGUCUCUUAACCGAGGAACACUUGCUGUGUCCCAUCUGUCUUGACGUCUUCAACAAACCCGUUUCCACUCCAUGUGGACACAACUUCUGCCUGCCCUGCAUCACGUGCUACUGGGACACCACAUUUGUCUGCCAAUGUCCGAUCUGCAAGGAAGAGUUUCCAAACAGGCCCAACCUUAAGGUCAACAUCUUCAUUGCAGAUYUGUUGUCACAGUUCAAGUCCCUUCAUGUCACGAACGUUCACACCCAAAGGUCAGCAGGUCAGCAGCCGGUCAGCUGUGGCAGCGAGGUGCAGUGUGACAUCUGCAGCAGUCAGGCUGUGAAAUCCUGUCUGGACUGUGUCACUUCGUACUGCGACAGCCAUCUUCAGCCUCAUGACGUCGCUUCUGAGCUGAARAGACACACGUUGGUUGAUCCCGUGGAGAGUUUGGGGGAAAAGGUGUGCAGGAAGCAUCACAGGCUGAUGAUGCUGUUCUGCAGGAGYGACAACUYGGUGCUUUGCGACCUCUGUGUCGGRUUGCGGCACGCCGACCACGAUGUUGUUUCCGUGCAGAGGGGAUACUACCAAAUGAYGCCUCAGGUGAUUGGUAAUGAGGCCAAAGUGCAGCGAAUGAUUCAAGAAAGGAUGCAGAAGRUCCAAAACACAAAGGAGUCGCUGACGCAAAGCAAGACGGAGACAAAAAAGGUGAUCGAACAUGGAAGACGGGAUCUAACGGAGUUGGUUACUGAGAUUAAGAGGACCCAAGAGGAACUCAAUAAGGUGUUUGAAGAGAAGCAGAAAGCAGCAGAGARCCAGGCRACGGGGUUAAUUACAGACAUGGAGAAAGAGAUUUCUUGUUUGAAGGUGACGGCAAAGAAUCUGGAGGAACUGAAGGAAAUUAAAGACCCGGUGUGUUUUCUCAAGAGGUACCCAAACCAGUCCCUAAUCCCACACACCAUGGACCUGUCCACACACAACUUUAUCAGGCACCUGGAGGUGAAGUACGUGCAUAAGUCUGUGAGAAACUCAAUAUCUCAAAUGCAGGACUUACUGGAUAAACUGAACGAAGAACUCAACAGAUUCUCAAACAGCACGGACACAUCAAACAAGGCGGCRCUCAGGUACAUGCAGCAGUAUGGGGAGAACAUYGUGCUGGAUUUUGACACAGCUCACCCCAUGCUCACCUUAUCCGCUGAUGGGAAGCAGGUGUGGUACAACAUGGGCACGGGUUUGUGGGGAAACCAGAUCCCGAAACCCAGCAUGUUCACUCAGCAUCUUGCCGUUGUGGGGCAGAGAGGAUUUUCCUCACGCAGGUUUUACUUYGAGGUACACGUGGGCCAAAAGACGGAGUGGUGUCUGGGCGUGGCAACGGCGUCGCUCCAAAAGAAAGGGGCAAUAGUUCGGAGUCCGAACUCCGGACUCUGGGCCAUCUGGUUCCUAGUAGACAAGUUUGAAACCUUCAGCUCUCCAGGCGAGGCGGUGUAUACAGGGAAAGUGGAGCACGUCGGGGUUUUUGUUGACUACAACGCAGGUCAAGUAACGUUCUUUGACGUGAUCAGAGCAGUACACAUUUACUCUUUUACUGAGUGUUUAUUUACCGAGGAGCUGUAUCCGUACUUUAAUCCCUGCGAUAAUGAGUAUGGUUCAAAUCUGGAGCCAAUGAUAAUUGUUCCCAUUUCUCCUGCAGAAUGAACAGAGUAUUUAGAGACUGACUAUUUGAUUUCAAUUAGACGGCAAAAACACUAAAUCUUACCACGCAUUUUUGAAAUAGGAGAAAACUAACCUACAAGUAACUUUUCAGCAACAUGUAGCAGCUAUUUAAUAAAUAAUUCUUGAAUAUUUAUUAAAAAGUACCAGUUCYAGUGGCAGAUUAUUAAAUUUAUAACAAUACAGUUUUCCCAUUUACAAGUGAAAUAAUCUGCCUGUAGUGGAACUAGUACUUUAUUAACACGCUUCUGUGYUGUGCUAGGUAACUGGCUGGGCUUUGCUGUGGUUGCUAGGUGAUGGACUGGGGUUGCUAGGUAACGGCAGCCUAUCAGUUGUGACUCAUCAGGAGGUUUUUGAAACGCUCCUCUUUCCAUACACCAAAAUAUAUAAUAUAGGAAAAGAGUCUUGUUAAAAGUAAAAUAAUUUGUUGUCAAUGGUAUAAUAAUAAUAAUAUUUUGCUAUGAAGUUACUUUGUAACUUAGUUUUGCUUUAUUUCAAAUUUGCUACGAUAUUUUGCACUAGAAACUAGACAAGAAAUACUUGGUAAGAUUUUGUGUUUUAUGCCGUGCAGAACAUAAGUGAAGCUAAGCUGUAUUUAAAAGGCACACUUUGAAGACUAUUUCUAAAAAUGAAGUUCCUCCUUUUCUUUUAAGUUCUGGUUCUGAUUUGAGUUUUGACUUCGUUUUUUCACUUCAAAACCCUGGUGGCUUUGAGAUAUUCGCUAUCUGCUGACCUUCACUUGCUGUAUUGAUUGUUCGGUGGUGAAAACUGUCUCAGGAUGCACCACUCUACUCCUGACGCCACCAAAUUUGUCCUCUGGUGUCAUUCUAGAUCUUUGAAAAUGUUACAUUAUUUUGUAAAGGGUCUUAUUUUUAAACUUCUAAGUCUCCUCCGAUGUUUGAUUUUUUUUUUKUGUAUACUCUUUAAAGUUGAUUUGAUCAAUGAGAAUAUGAUCUGCAAUACCAUUUUGUCGAACUGUUAACAGGCAAUCUGCUUUUUUUUAUUAUGUAACCUGUCAAGGGAAUGCAGAUGUAUAAUGUAUAAUCUGGAACAUAUUAAAUUGUGAUAUUUAUGUUUGAGCUGCAUACUGUCCCUUUUUAAUUAUUAAACAACAACGCAUAGCAGUGAAAUCAGGAUGAACUGGAAUCGAAUUUAAAAUUGAGCAUGGACAAAAAUUUUUAUAAAAUUCAGAGAGAUUGCUCACUUUAUACCUGCAUUUUUGUGCAAAUCUGUGAAAUUACAUUUUUUAUUCACCAGCUCAUCCUCCUGUUAAACUUUAAUGUCUGAAGGAAAUCCCAACUUUUCAAUAUCUAACUUGAAUAUAGAUUAAAGAAAACGCCAGAAUGACAGAUUAUCAUGUUGAUCAAUCUGAUCAGAAAAGCUGUUUUUAUUCAUCUUGAAUCAGUUUUGAUGUAAAAAUCCACAAUGAGUGCAGAGAAAGGUUUCCAGACAGUAACUCCUAAAGCUCCACAUAUGGUGCUUUUUAAAUGCAAGUUAAAUAUUUUA